AUGUGAUGGGUACUAAUUGCCCUGGAGAGUAUUGAUGGAGAGCAGAUCCAAUCAGUAGUGUGUUGUCACCGGGACUGGGAGGCACACACACUCUGUUGACAUGAGAGUACGGCCGUCUCGUUUGCUACGCAGCCUCUUUCUGGUAGUGCUAUUUCUUUUCGUAAUGCUCAACAUGCAUGUACUGUUGAAUAGCAGCUCUCACCACUCGGAAAUGGUGGACCAUUCCCUCCUCUACAAACUCAGAAAUCCAGACAUUUAUAUCAACCCCCACGUGCAAGUCGGCCAUGAAGUCACACCUCAAAGUAGCGAAGCCAAGCUGGAAGUCUUCAUCCCACCCAAUAUGUAUAAUCAGACGUUCUCCAAAGGAGACAUUCAGGAAAACAAUCUAACACAAAUUAAACAAGAAAUAGAUAGGAUUAACCGAGAACAGUAUAUUCAAAAUUUGCACAAGUUUGGAUUGAAGUUACGGACAGACAGUGUUGUGAUGGUAGUCCAAGUCCAUGACCGUGCUCAAUACCUGCAGAUUCUUGUGGAUUCUUUACGUAAAGUCAAAAAGAUACAGGAAACGCUUGUGAUAUUUAGUCAUGAUGUGUAUUCAGAGGCUCUCAAUAAAAUUGUGCAAUCUAUUGACUUUUGUCCGGUGAUGCAGAUAUUUAUGCCUGUGACUGCUCAACUUCACCCACAAGAAUUCCCCGGCGAACACCCUAAUGAUUGUCCCCGCAAUAUGAAAAAAGAGGAGGCAGCAUCAAAAAAAUGUAAUAACUGGCAACAUCCAGACAAGUAUGGGCAUUACAGAGAGGCCAAAUACUGCCAGACAAAACAUCACUGGUUAUGGAAGCUCCAUCGUGUGUUUGACGAGCUGGAUGUGACUAAGAACUACACUGGACAGGUCCUGCUGCUAGAAGAGGAUUACUACGUAGCACCUGAUAUAAUCACAACGCUACAAAUGACACUAAAUCUCAAGAAAAAAGAGUGUAAAGAUUGUCGUAUGAUAACUGCAGGGAAUUACGACAAAACCCAGGUAUUCUCGUCCAAUUCAGGCAAGAUGGAGUUAGCAUCUUGGAUUUCGUCAAGACACAAUAUGGGGAUGACAUUUGCCAGAGAUUUGUGGAAUGAAAUCAAGAAGUGUGCCAAAGAGUUUUGUAACUUUGAUGAUUACAACUGGGACUGGACUUUACAGCACUUGAGUAUGAAGUGUAUACCAGGCCAGAUUAAAUUGCUCAAGAUGAAGGCCACAAGAGUGUUCCAUAUGGGAGAAUGUGGAGUACAUCAUAAAGGGAAAAACUGUAAUCCACAAGUGAAGAAAUCUCAAGUGGAGAACCAGUUAAACCAGAAUUUAAAGCACCUGUUUCCUAACGUGGUCAAUAUAAACGGACAAUCACGGUUCAAGUUACGCGACCCAAAACCAAAUGGGGGCUGGGGAGAUAUACGGGACAGAAAUCUGUGUCUUAGCUUUGUCAAUGGGGGCUAGUUAAGGGAAAGAUAUUCACAAUAUUCAGGGAACAAUUACAAAGGAGAAUGUAUGUACAUAAUACAAAGAAAGGUUCAAUUUAUAACUGUUUAUAGAAAGAUGGAAGUUUGAACUCCAGUGCUUUCACUUCAGAUGCCUUUCUGGAUGAUUAUGUACUGUGAUUUAUCAUUUUUACUGUGAUGUUUUGAUACUGGGCAUGAUGAAUAUUUAGAGCAUUUUUAUCAUAUUGAAUUCAUUCUUUGAAUAAUGAGUGAGGCCAAUGAAAAAAUAUGUUUGUGCACUAUUACAUACUUAUUCAAAAAUAGGGUUGGUAGAUUGGAUUUUGUUUUAAUUUUUUUCCAGAAAAGCAUAAUUUUGUCAUGCAACAACUUAGAAAUUGUCACAUUUUUUUAUGGAGGAUGUAAAUACCUGCAAUUUUUAUAAUUUUGCAUAAAAUAAGGGUUGGUCAGGUAAAUAAGCAUUUUUUUUUCAUGGGCUCAUACAAGAUAUGGCAGAUGGUCUCUAGAUGUAAAAGUAUGUUUGUUAGUGUGUAGAUAAAGCAUUAUGAAUAAUAGCAUUUAUUUUUAUUCACAUUACAAAAAGAACAUUUUUUAGCAUUUUUAUCUUAAUGAAAUGAAAUUGAUGGCAAGCAACAAUGUCUGGAUAUUGGUUAUGAAAUGAAACCUCUUUUUUUAACAUACCUAUACAUUGCGUAUUCUUCAGCACACCCAAGUUUAUUCCUGGAUGUCACUGUACAUACCAUAAAAUUAAAUUCAUCUAUUUUUUUAAAUUUAAGUAACUUUUGUAUGUUGAAAGAAUUGUUUGUCUUCAAAAUUUAAUCAAAAUAAUUGUAACAUACAAACUAUGGGCCAAUUAUUCCAGCUUUGAGGUUGUCAUGGUUUCAAAUUUUUACAUGGCUGGCUAUUAUUUAAAACAAAGUUUAUAGAAGUUCCAAAGAUCUCUGCACCUUUUCACGUUUUCAACGCUAUUAUUUAAAACAAUUUUUAUAGGAACACUAAAGAUAUGUACACCAUAGCAUUCUUGUGAAACACUUGGGAAUUAGGAUGGAUAUAGUUUUUAGAUGUAGUUUAUUGAACACAACCAAACCAGAGCCCUGAGAAUACUGCAUUAGCUUGUCUUUUUUUUCUUACAGUUGUUUUAGAGUUACAUAGGGCCAUCCUUAAAAACUUGUUUGUUUGGAAUUGCCACCUGAAGGGUGUCAGACACAGGAGGGAGGGAGGGAAAUAAUUUUUUUUUUUUAAAUUGAAGAAAAAUUUUAAAUUUUUGAUUAAAAUCUCAGUAAACAGUAAAUACAUUUUCUGACUUUUAAAAAAAAAGUAUCUACAUCAACAACAAAAAAAUAAUUUUACAUGACACUAUAUUUCAGUGUUUUGUAUGGUGCAUGUGAUACAUGUAAUGGGCAAAAAAUUGAUUAAAUAAAAAAAAAUCUUCCUACUUUUGGUCAGUAAAAUUUUUUCAGGAGGGGAGCAUUUCAACGAGGCGGGAGGCAAUUCCAAACAAACUAUAAUUCUAUUUUGGCCUAGUUAUUUUUCUUUGAGGUUCUUCAUUUAUAGUCUAGAUUGUAUGGUGUUUUAUUAUAAAGCCAUUGAUGCUUCAUACAGUUAUUCAGUGUUGCAGACACCUGCCUACCUUUGACACCUGAGCGUUUGAUAUUUCUGUUGUUGUUUGUAGUUACUCUUUGAUCUCAAUACAGAUCUUAUCUUAGUUUCUGCACACGUUUUAAUAUUUCUACAUACACACAAUGUUAACACACAUUAAUAUUUUGAGAUGAUUUUCUUAGGAAAAUAAAUCUUUUGCAUAUAGAUGUAUUUUGAAAAUUUGUUAAUGUUUAUUGAAUGAAAACAUCACUAAUAUCAUCAUAUUUGUCAUUUCAUCUGUUAUCUUAUGAAUAUAUAAUGUAAUUGAUUUGUCAUACAAAGGAAAACACAUGUAUGCCUGAAAGUUAUUGUGUAGCCCUUUUCAUUGGAGUGGCAUUUCUUUUUUUGAGUGUACAUGUAUGAGAGAUAUUUUCAUGAUACAACUGUGCUACUUUAUAUGUGAAAUCCCCCUCCUCUAUAUUUAGAAUGGUAGUGAUAGUUGUUUGUGCCUUUGUCAUGUCACAUUCACCAUCUGUGAUAAACAUUAGAUUUCUUUAACAUUGUGUGCUAGUUUUAUACAUAUUAAGAAUACACAGUUAUACUGCGUACUAUUGUAGAUUUAUCUCCUGAUCUCUGUUAUUUCAGCUUUUACUUCCUUUAUUUAGCUUUAUAUCAAGAUUUUUGUGCUCUCGUUUAAAUACUUUCACAAUUACUCUUUGAUGAGGUUAGAAUUUGUUAUGUAAAGGGGAAAAAGUUAUUUCUCUUAGAUUCAAAUGUGGCAAUAAGUUCUGGUUCACUAGUACAUGUACUGUAUUCUAAUUUUGUUCAGCUAAAAUAAAGAUAACAUGUAGACAUGAAGAUUUGAAUGUUGAGUACAUCUUCAAGCAUUUAUUAACUGAUUUUUUCAUUAUAUUUUCAGCUACACAAAGCUUAUAUAAUAAAGCUUUAUCUUUAUCAUAAGCAUUAUUUUUAUACAAGGUUAUCAGUCAGGGUUAAAGCACCAAAUAUUUUGAGAGAGUCUUAAAGUAAGCAUUUAUCUAUUGAUAUAUCCAUAAAUUAUUAAAUAAUGAAGAGAUUUAUGGAGAGAAAUAUGUUUUACACAAAUAUACUAUUAAAUUCAGCAUUUUGAUCAUAGAUUAUUGGCCUUUAGCUUUAAAAUUGUGAGUUUUCUAGUCACAAAAUAUUUUCCAAAGAAAAGAUUCUCAUUCUUUAAAUGAAAUUUUUGAUAAUGCUUAAUCCUUUUUUUUUCUCACUUGAACCACUAGAAUAUUUUAUAAUGUUUCUUAAUUGAUUAAUGUAGAUUUGUUUGAUCUUGGUCAUUAUAAACUGCAGGUUGCCUUAAAGAUGUUGAUAUGAAUUUCUUAUAUGCCUUGUAGUCGGAUAAAUAACAGAAAAAAAAAAAUGUUUUCUUUUAAAAAAAAUAAUUUCUUGAAAUUAAAGAAGUAUGUAUUACCCUAGUUUAGUAAAGAGAGUGAAUGCCUUAUGUUAUCUUCAUUUUAUUGUGAUAAGUCCAUCCAUCAAACGUAGAUUGAAAUAAAUUUUUAAUAUAUAAAAUUGGGACCAGUGCAAGUAUAUGUAGUUUGAUUACACUUUGAACAGUUAAGAACAGGUUAUCAGAUAAUGGUAGCGUGAAAGUUUUAUUGUGUGAAAAGUUGUUUUGUUUUGUGACAAGUUUCUGUCAUAAUUCUUUUUAUAUGUGUACACGAACAUUUAUAUACAUGUACAUGUAGGUAGGCAUGUAGAAUUUUAUUUUUUAUUGUGAAUACCUCUUCCUCUUUGAUCACUGUUUCUUUAUUUUUUUUUUCUUCACGGGAAAUCUUAAGGGAACAUUUUUUGGCAAAAACAUAUAAAUUAGUGGAGUACAGUUCUUGUUAUUAACUUGCGAUAAUAUAGAAAACAUCGUUCUUCAUUCAGGGCAUUGCAGUAUUUCUGUAGUUAUGCACACCAAAUACAGACUUGCACCAAUGACAGUGAAAAUGCUUUAUAAAUCUAUCACAUAUUCACAAUACACCAUUCAUGUUAUCAAGGUUUUAAGUAUAUUCAUCUGUAUCAUUCAUGUAAUCAAAUUAUAUCAAUGUAUAUGGUUCAAUAAUUCAAUUGUGAUAAUGAUUGCAUAAUGAUUCUGUGUUCUUGUUAAUUUAUUGAAUAAAAAAAUUCUUUGUACAUGAAAA